AUGCAAUUACUGUUCAAAAUAUCAAACUCUUUGUCCUAUUCAAGCAAAAGUAAUGAACUGCCCUUAAUACUGUGUAGUCUCUUUCAUUCAAGCAAAAUUUCAAUGCCCAAUAGAGAUUGCAGUCGCAAUUCUGAUAUAGCACGGUCUAACUGGCUGAUCACGAGGUUGAGUAGGGAGGGGAGAAUCAGUGACGCUUGUGAAGUGUUUGAUAAAAUGCCUGAAAGAGAUGUAAUUACAUGGACAGCAGUGAUCACAGGGUAUAUAAAGUGUGGGUUGAUUGUGGAAGCAAGGAGGUUUUUUGAUAGAAUUGAUGCAAUUAAAAAUGUGGUCACUUGGACUGCGUUGUUAAGUGGGUAUGUGAGGUGGAAGAGGAUUAAGGAUGCUGAGAGGUUGUUUGAGGUAAUGCCAGUGAAAAAUGUUGUUUCCUGGAAUACGAUGAUUGAUGGUUAUGCGCAAAAUGGGGAGAUACAUAAGGCUAUUGAGGUGUUUGAGAGGAUGCCUGAGAGAAAUGUGGUUUCUUGGAAUACGGUGAUUGCUGCAUUGGUUCAAUGCGGAAGGGUGGAGGAGGCUAGGAGGUGGUUUGAUGAUAUUCCUGAACGGGAUGUGGUUUCAUGGACGGCUAUGGUUACGGUGUUGGCGAGGAGUGGGAGAGUUGAUGAGGCUAGAGAGGUUUUUGAUAGGAUGCCGGAGAGAAAUGUUGUGUCGUGGAAUGCAAUGAUUACUGGUUACGCCAAGAAUAUGAGGUUGGAUGAGGCCUUUGAUUUGUUUGAGAGGAUGCCUGAAAGGGAUUUGCCCUCAUGGAACACGAUGAUCACAGGGUUUAUUCAGAAUGGAGAGUUAGCAAGGGCAAGGAAGGUGUUCAAUGAGAUGCCUGAUAAGAAUGUUGUUUCAUGGACUACAAUGAUUACUGGGUAUGUUCAAGAGGGAGAAAGUGAAGCAGCAUUGAAGGUUUUUAUGGAAAUGAUAAGGGAUGGCGGAGCCAAGCCUAAUGAGGGGACCUUUGUUAAUGUUUUGGGAGCUUGCAGUGACUUGGCUGGUCUUGGUGAAGGGCAGCAAGUUCAUCAGGUGAUUAGUAAAAGUGUUUAUCAGGAUAGGGCAUUCGUUGCAUCUGCACUCUUGAAUAUGUACUCAAAAUGUGGGGAGUUGAGUAUUGCAAUGAAGAUAUUUGAUGAUGUAGCGAUAAGCCAGAGGGAUUUGGUUUUGUGGAAUGGUAUGAUUGCAGCCUAUGCACAUCAUGGACGUGGAAGGGAGGCAAUUGAAUUGUUCAAGGAAAUGCAGGGUUUAGGGUUUAAGCCUAACGAUGUUAGCUAUGUGGGGUUGCUCUCUGCUUGCAGCCAUGGUGGUUUGGUGGAUGAGGGACUAAACUACUUUAACGAGCUUGAGAGAGACAAGUCCGUGCAAUUAAGAGAAGAUCAUUAUGCAUGUUUGGUGAAUUUAUAUGGCAGAGCAGGGAGGCUCAAUGAGGCCUAUGAUUUGGUUAAGCAGCUAGGGACCAAGGCAUCAUCCUGUGUUUGGGGUGGUCUACUUGCUGGAUGUCAUGUCCAUGGGGAUCUGGAAAUAGGGCCGCUGGCUGCAAAAGAGCUUGUAAAGGAGGAUGCAGAGAAUGCAGGCACAUAUUUAUCGUUGUCUAACAUAUAUGCUUCUGGUGGGAAAUGGAGAGAAGCCUCUGGAGUGAGGUCGGAAAUGAAAGAAAAGGGAUUGAAGAAGCAACCUGGUUGCAGUUGGAUUGGAGUUGGAAACAGGGUUGACGUAUUUUUAGCUCGUGACAAGUCUCAUUAUCAAUAUAAUCUUAUUUAUUCUUUAGUCCAUGAUCUUCAUGCAGAAAUGAAGAAGGCAGGACCUGUACCAAAUAAUGAUUUUGUAGUUGAAGAAGGUUUUUCAUCAACUUAG